AUGGUUUGCUUAGUUGGCAUAUUUUACUAUAAAAGAACAUAUUCUGCAGGAGAUUUAGUCACAGGAUAUAUCUCCCUUCAGAUACCAAGUGUAGUAUCCAUUGAGAGCAUUAUACUUACUAUAGAUAAAGAAUCAGAAAUUAGAGUGGCAGAUAUAAACAGAGCCAUUUCAAAUGAAAAAGCGAUUAGACAUCUUGGCAGAUUUAUUAUAUAUGGAGACAAAGCCAGAAAGAUGCUUCCUGGGGUGCACAAGUUUCCAUUUAGCUUUAGACUUGUUUCAGAUGAAGGGGCUACCAUUGAGUAUAAGAAAGCAACUCAGAACAAAAAUAUUUAUGCCUUAAACAGGUAUAUAAGCAAGUGUGAAGUAAAAAUAUAUGGAAUUUUUAAGCCAGUAGCCAAGUACACCAAGGAAAUCCAUCUUAUUGAGUCAGCAUCCGAUAGCAUUAAGAAGAUUAACUAUACACACCAAAUAAACAAUUGUCUGUGCUUUGGAAACUCAUCGGUUGAACUAUUAAUAAAACACGAUUCUGUUCUUUAUGCUGGAAAGACGCAUGCCCUAGAAAUGUCCACCACUAAUGGUGAGAAUAUAGCUAAAAUAUCAUGCGACUUGGAAAUGAGCCUAUACUCCUUCACAGAUAUGAUAAACCCGAUUAAACUGGUGUUUCCGUGCAAGGCAACAAAGAAGGACGGUGCUGUGCAUCUGCAGAUUGAUGAGUCCCUUCCCUCUGAGACAUCUAGAAAUGACUUUUUUUCAAUUUCUUACAAUAUAGUAAUUAGUGUAACAAUAAAAGGAGAAGGAACAACCGAGAUAAUAAGGCCUAUUUCAGUCCGAGGAAAGGAAUCGUACGGUGAAUAUACUCCUCCCGAGAUUCCUGAAAGCUCUAUCUAUCCUGAAAAGUAUCUUUCAUUCCACUGUUAA